AUGGUAUUGGAUGUCGGCUGGAGAUUCAUCUGGAGAUUUGGCUUCGAUUCUUCCUUCUGCUUCAUAUGGCCAAGUCUUCUGCCUCUAAAUGUUGCCGGCGGUUACCCACGACUUCAGUCGAUCUGUCGAGCCACGGCCCUCGGUCGGAAAUUUGGCUUCAAUUUUUCUCUUGUAGAUGCUUUAGCGUUAAAGGGGGCUUACACUCUUGAUUAUUUUACACUACUUGAGAAGUUUAAUGUGAAUAAGGGAAUUCUUUUUGUACCUAUUGAUCAAAACAGACCCCUUUCAGAUCAAGGCCCUUUCGACAUUCUGCUCCACAAAUUAUCUGGAAAGGAAUGGCGGAGAGUACUUGAGGAUUACCGGAAAGCACAUCCAGAAGUAACAGUUCUUGAUCCUCCUGAUGCUAUACAGCAAGUGCAUAAUCGUCAAUCCAUGCUCCAAGAUGUUGCUGACCUGAAUUUGGCAGAUACCUAUGGAAAAGUCAGUGUCCCUAAACAAUUGGUCAUCAAGAAAGAUCCAUCAUCUAUUCCUGGGGCAGUUAACAAGGCUGGGCUGAGACUACCGAUUGUGGCAAAGCCUUUGGUCGCGAAGUCACAUGAGCUGUCUCUUGCCUAUGACGAGUUCUCUCUACAGAAGCUCGAACCCCCACUAGUUCUGCAAGAAUUCAUUAAUCACGGAGGCGUGCUGUUCAAGGUUUAUAUUGUAGGGGAGGCAAUAAAGGUUGUCCGCCGUUUUUCUUUGCCUGAUGUCAGCAAGCGUGAAUUGUCAAAGACUGCCGGUGUUUAUCGUUUUCCGAGAGUGUCCUGUUCUGCUGCAUCUGCUGACGAGGCAGAUCUCGAUCCUUGUGUUGGUGAACUUCCUCCACGGCCAUUACUCGAGAGACUGGCUAAAGCACUGAGGAGGCGACUGGGUCUUCGGUUGUUCAACCUGGAUAUAAUUCGAGAGCAUGGCACACGGGACCAAUAUUAUGUGAUUGAUAUAAAUUAUUUUCCAGCAAAUAGAAAGAGGUUAAUAAAGGCCUCUCUAAAUCAGUCGCGUGCUUCACAAGACGUCAUUUGUUUAAGAAAAAAAGGAAUAUUCGAAGGGGAAAUCUUGCAAUGUAUAUCGUGCAUUGCUUUUGCAUUGGAGGAUUAUCGAGAUUGUGACAAUAUUCGACUUCAUAUGCUGGCCAUGAUUUUUCAAAGGGGAUCAAUCGCCUUGAAAGAAGCCAAAAUCAUGAUUCCUUGGAAGCUCCUUUCUUUAUGUUUACAUUCUGUUUUUCGUAAUCGCCAAUUUCAUGUUCGUGAGCACUACCUCCUCUUCGGUUGUGCCGUACUAGUUGAUUUAGGGUGA